CUUUAAGACUGAGUGAAGGAGACAGCGGAGAAUCCAUCAUCAGAUGGAGAGGCGCACGACGCGAGAAGGCUAUCGGGAUUGGCCGCUGCGUUUCUGGGAGAUGGGAAGGCCAAAAAAGGCUGGGAAGUCAAAGCCAUCCAAAAGGCCAGUGGAGGAACCAGGAAGGUCAGCCACUCUAGAGACUGUCGAAGUGGUUCCUCAGGAAAAUGAAACUGUGCCAGAAACUCAGCAGGCAACAAGGGAGGGUGAACAUUUGAAUGAGUUGGAGAAUGAAGAGGUUCAGCCCUCGAAUGACGACAUAGCUUUUGAAGAGGACGUGAACCUCAACCAGGGGGCUCACUCUACUGGGGGAGGUUCUUCAGCUCAGAAGAAGAAUGGCAGAGGUCCUGGAAUAAGGGUGAAGCCUGGACAUGGCCUUCACCUUGAGAUACAUGACAAAAGGAUCGUCACACAACAGGCUGCCCAUGAACUCACUUCUAUCUUCAAAAGGGGCAUCACUGGUCCAUGGAUUAAGUUCUCGGAGUAC